UCUCAUCUCUAGGGAUCGCAAGGAUUAUUUACAGGGAGCUCGCCAACCAAACACAACAGUCUAAUUUAACCUUUCCAAGUCCUCGUAAAUUUUUACAGCUGCGAGUCACGAGGAGGCAAACGAAUCUGUUGGUCGUUCCCAACUUCCCACCAGCCUGUGUGGCUUCUGAACAAUAACUCCUUAUGAAAUAUCAUAAAUAUAGAUUUAAAUACAGUAGAGCGAGAAUGCGAUUUGGCUGCCUUUUUAUGGCUUCAAUUAUUGUCUAAUUUUAUGUGAGGGGCUCUGCUGGCCGCACUCGCGCGCGGGACCCGCGUCUUGCUGAUGGCGUGAUUAAUUGUGAUAUAAAAUAGUCCGCUUAAGAAGUGUGUGUCUGGUGGUGGCGGUGGGAGGGGAGGGAGUACAGAGGCCAGGCCAGAUUUGAUCUUUUAAUCUUCGUUGGCCACAAUUAAAACAAACCUGAUCGCGGAGCGCCACGAUCCCUUUGCAUAAAAACAUAUGGCUUUUGCUAUAAAAAUUAUGACUGCAAAACACCGGGCCAUUAAUAGCGUGCGGAGUGAUUUACGCGUUAUUGUUCUGCCGGGCGGACACGUGACGCGCGCGGCCAAUGGGGGCGCGGGCGCCGGCAACUUAUUAGAUGACUGUACUUCCCCCCCCCCCCGGUGCCACCAAGUUGUUACAUGAAAUCUGCAGUUUCAUAAUUUCCGCGGGUCGGGCCGGGCCGGCCGGGCGCGGGGCACGGCGAUGGCCACCACCGGGGCCCUUGGCAACUACUACGUGGACUCAUUCCUGCUGGGCGCUGAUGCCGCGGAUGAGCUGGGCGCGGGCCGCUACGCGCCGGGAGCCUUGGGCCAGCCCCCCAGGCAGGCCGCGGCGCUGGCCGAGCACGCCGACUUCAGCCCUUGCAGCUUCCAGUCCAAGGCGGCGGUGUUUGGCGCCUCGUGGAACCCGGUGCACGCGGCGGGCGCCAACGCGGUGCCCGCGGCCGUGUAUCACCACCAUCACCACCACCCCUACGUGCACCCCCAGGCGCCCGUGGCGGCGGCGGCGCCGGACGGCAGGUACAUGCGCUCCUGGCUGGAGCCCACGCCCGGCGCGCUCUCCUUCGCGGGCUUGCCCUCCAGCCGGCCUUAUGGCAUUAAACCUGAACCGCUGUCGGCCAGAAGGGGUGACUGUCCCACGCUUGACACUCACACUUUGUCCCUGACUGACUAUGCUUGUGGUUCUCCUCCAGUUGAUAGAGAAAAACAGCCCAGCGAAGGCGCCUUCUCCGAAAACAAUCCUGAGAAUGAGAGCGGCGGAGACAAGCCCCCCAUCGAUCCCAGUAACCCGGCUGCCAACUGGCUCCAUGCUCGCUCCACGCGGAAGAAACGCUGCCCCUAUACAAAACACCAAACGCUGGAACUAGAGAAGGAAUUUCUGUUCAACAUGUAUCUCACCCGGGACCGCAGGUACGAGGUGGCCCGACUGCUCAACCUUACGGAGAGGCAGGUCAAGAUCUGGUUCCAGAACCGCAGGAUGAAAAUGAAGAAAAUCAACAAGGACCGAGCAAAAGACGAGUGAUGCGACUCGAGUUCAUUUAGAAAAGAGAGAGUGAGCUAGAGAGAAAGAAUUGCCUGUCCUCUUCUCCUAUCCCCACCCAACCCCACCCCACCCCAGCCUCCACCACCCUAAACAAGGCGGUUGAAAACUCCAGGCCUCAUGUCCUAGGCAAACCCUGUUCAGGCUGGUUCCUUGGCCUGCCACUUUGAUGGAGGAGGUAUUGUAAGCUUUCCAUUUUCUAUAAGAUUAAAAAAAAAAGAAAAAAAAAAAAAGGCGGGCAUUAGCGCUGAUGGCUCUAUGUGCUAGCUUGUAUAUAUUAAAAAAAAAAUCUACCUGUUCCUGACUUCAAACAAACAAACAAAAAAAAAAACUACCUUUUUAUAAUGCACAACUAUUGACGGCGGGCUGUAUAGUUUUUAGACUGUGUGUAAUUUAAUUUGCUCUUUGUGCGGCAGAGCGAUCUGCCCAGAUACUUGAAUACUGUGUUUUAUUGUGGUAAUUAUGUUUUGUGACUCAAACUUCUGUGAUGGGUGACGCACCCGUUGUGAUUGUGAAAGCUAGAAUUCGAUUUGAACUCAGGUUGUUUAUGAGGGGAGAAAGCAGUUGCAUAGAGUAUAGCUCUGUAGUGGAAUAUGUCUUCUGUGUAACUAGGCUGUUAACCUUUGACUGUAAACUAGCUGUAAGGAUUUCCCAGUGACAUAAAAGUUUAAAACAAAAAAAGAAAGCGUUCUCCGGGAUGCAUAGAUUCAUGAUUUUCUCCAUUCUUGAAAAGCGGACAUUUUAGUUUCUACAUGCUCUCUAGACCUAUCUUGUCCAUUGUAUGUAUAUAAUCCAUAUAUUAAAGAAAAAGUAAACAGGCUUGAAUGUUGUUUUUGCACCAAACAGUGAGGAAAUUUGGAGCUAUACUACGUAUGUGCAGAUGGUUACUACCUAUGGUUUUCGUUUAAUUUUAAUUGGGGGAAAAAUGAAUGCUUAUUGUAAUGGAGUUAAUUUUAUUGAUAAUAAAUUAUACACUAUGAAACCGCCAUUGGGCUACUGUAGAUUUGUAUCCUUGAUGAAUCUGGGGUUUCCAUCAGGCUGAACGCACACUGUAUAUUUUGCAAUAGUUACCUCAAGGCCUACUGACCAAAUCGUUGUGUUGAAAUGAUAUUUAACUUUUUGCCAAUAAAAUAUAUUGAUUCUUUUCUAA